AUGAAGUUUGGGAAAUGGUUUGAGCUUUUAUUGCACCAUAUUUUGCCAGAAUGGAGAGAUCGUUAUAUCUCUUAUACAUUUCUCAAGAAACGAAUCACAUUAAUUGAAGCUACCAGAAAUGAUAUAAUCGGGGCAGAUUCCAAUCAAGAUUUUUUGAAUACAUAUGAAGUGGACUUCAUCAAUUUGCUUAAUGUUGAAUUAGACAAAAUCAACAAAUUCAUGGAGGAGAAGAGUAGAGAGUGCAACGUACGUUUACAGACACUCAAAGAAAGGAUAGAAAAGGUUAAGAAUGGUUAUACCCAAGCCAUGGUAAUGUCCAGUCAUGAAAGAGACGAAGUUGUUUUACUUGCCAAAGAUUUGGUAAACCUCCAUGGAGAGUUGGUUCUUCUCGAGAACUAUAAUAUAUGGAAUUUUACAGGGUUGCGAAAGAUUCUAAAGAAGUACCACAGAAGAAUAGGUGCUUUCAAGGGAGAGCAUUACAUUCCAUGGGCAAAAUGUCAACCAUUCUCUUCUAAUGAAUUUAUAUUAAAAAUCUUGAAUGAAUGUGAAAGAAUUUUGCAAAGCUUCUUAAGUGUAUCAUUCCUUGGAAACAAUGAAGAUCAUGGUAGCCUUAGUAGAGGCAUGUUUCAAAAUGAGAAUGAGAAAAGUGUGUAUGAAAGCUCAAUAGUUGCUUUGGAGAUUCUAAAUGAGAUGACCAAAUUCAAUUCUGUAUAUGUUGACAAUUAA